CCAGACCUCUCAUCCUCAUCUCUGCCCGCUGUAUCCAUACCUCAACCAAUCUACAUCAUUCACCUAGCCAUAAUCCGAGACCACCAUGUCCGGCACGACCACGACCUCCAUCCCCACCCACGCCCACACCUACCCUCCCCUGCCCGCGCCCGUCACCUUCCCGCCGCAGCCGCCGCACUCGAACGUGCUUUCCCCCGAGGAACGCGCCCGGCUGCUGCGCUCCAACAAGAAGCUUGCGCGCCUGCUGGGCAGCACGCCGCAUUUCAUGGACCAGGACUCCGUUGAAUCGCCCUGGCCCACGACCGACGCCACCACCCCCUUUGGCAACGGCACCCCGCUCUCGCGCCCCUCGACGAGCAGCGGCGCCCCGCUCAUGCGCGUGCCGACCAAGUCGUCGCUCUCGCGCAUCACGUCCAGGCCCUCCUCGCGGCCGUCCACCGCACAGGGCACAUACGCAUCGGAGUCGCCCUCGCGCGAAGACGCGUGGCGCGCGCGCAAGGCCACGCUCAAGCCCUCCUCCAUCUCCCGGAACGGCGGAGGCGGCGCACCGCCGGUGCUCAAGCUCGCGUACAGCGCGGCAGAGGGCUUGCCGCUCACGGCUGUAGCAGCGGACGCGCCGCGCCCGGCGUUGCCGUCGCCGAGCUCGUUUGCUAUUCCUGAUAUGAACUCUAGAUAUCGGGGUGGGCGCGGGGAAGGCGAGGGGCAGGAGCUCGAUCUCCAGCCCAUUCGACGCUCGAGGUCGACUGCGAGGCCCGGGUCGGCGGGGAGCGCGCACGAGCGCACGCCGAGCUCGCCCGGGUUCGAGAUUCCGACGGAGGCGAGCGUGCGCCGCACGAAGCUGGACAAGCUGAGGCGCACGCUGGGCGAGGAGCUGCCCGCCAAGGCCGUCUUCCCCUCCAACUCCUCUUCGAAAUCAUCUUCCGCCGCCGCCGCCGCUUCCACGAUCGAAUACACACGCAAGCCGACGCACAAAUCGUCCAAGUCCCUCUCCCAUCCCCACCCGUCCUCGCAGUCUCAGUCGCAGUCUCAGCCCCGCGCCACGAAGCACACCGCGCGCCCCUCUGACCCCUCCGUGUCCGUUAUCGCCCUGCCCGGCGCACACGGCGAGCAGACGCACACCGUCGUGCUCAAAGCGUCCACCACCUCCCGCGCGCACACCUCUGCCUCCGCCUCAUCUUCUCACCACCGCCAGCCCAAACGCCCGUCGGGUCUGGGCAUCGCAGACCCGCGCGACCUCCUCUCGCUCGCGGGUGUCGAGCCUGCCGACAGCGACAGCGCUGGCUUGUUGGGCGCGAGGAAAAAGACGAGCGCGAGCGCGACGCUCGGUGGAGAUGCGUUCGUCAAGAGCCGGCGGGCGAAGGCGGGCGGGCGGCCUGAGAUUGAGUUUGUGGGGUUUAUGGGGCGCGCGGGUGUUUAAAUGCUGCGCUGCUGGUGUUCUGAAUGGUGUUGUCGCUCUGCGUUGUGCGGGCUGGCUCCGCCUCAUUGUCUGAUAAACGGACUUGUGGUUUGUCUGUCUGUCUGGUUAGAUGUUCUGCGUUCCCCCUGCACGCCUGCCUAUCUCCGUCUCCUCUUCUUUUCUUAUUACUACACCGUUCUGGUCCGCUCGGCGCGAUGUCCCUUUAAGGCCUCGCUGCCGCUGGUUCGCUCGAUCACAUUAUGACUGCACUGCACUCUAUGAACGCUCUUAUGACACCCUUCUGCUGCCGCUUUGUCUCGUUGUUACUGCAUACCCCCCUGAUACUCGUUAGCUACGCCGUGCUCGAUGUGCUGUACCGUACCGUAUGACUGGUGUAUCUUCAUUUUAAUGUUUUUU